AUGGAAGCUAUUAAAAAUCUACAACAAACUGAGGAUGUUAGAACAUAUCAGGCUGAGUUUGAUAGGUUAUUGAAUGGGGAUAAUUUGUCAAACAAAAAUGCCAUCAAUUGUUUUCUCAGAGGGUUAAAACCUGAGCUCAACAAAGUUGUUAGAAUGCAAGCACCGAAAACCUUAAUGCAAACCUACAAGUUAGCUAAGUUGCAGGAAGAGGUUUUUGAUGCUCAAGCUAAGUCUUGGGGAAUAAGUAGAACCAGCAGGAAUCAGACUGAUCUUCUCCAUAAUCCAUCUAGGUUUCAGGGUGUACAAAAACCUACUUUUUCUAGCACAACUGUCAAGAAACCUUAUGAACCAAAUGCUAACAUAUUCAAUAAUGGUAAUACUAGUAGAAAGUUAUUGAUUGUUGUUGAGAUGGAUGAGAAAAGGACAAAAAGAUUGUGUUUCUUGUGUGAUGAGAAGUAUAUGCAUGGGCAGAGGCGUAUCCAGGAUUUCGGGAUGAUUGGUGCAUUAUUACAAAAAGUUUUGGAAGACGAGGAGGUAAUCAUGGAGGAAGAAGUGUUAGAAGUGGAUGAGUUCAUGACAAUUUCCUUACAAGCAUUUACUAGAAGUACAUGUUAUCAAACAAUUAGAGUAACUGGAUACCAUGAAAAACAACCCUUACAUGUGCUUAUUGAUACAAGUAGUACUCAUAAUUUCAUUGAUGAGUCAAUGGCAAGGAAGAUAGGUUGUAAAGCUUUACCUAUACAUGAACAAUCAGUAAGUGUAGCUGAUGGUAGGAAGGUUCAAACUGCUGCAGUAUAUACAACCUAUGUUGGGCAAUGCAACAGUAUACAAGUAACUCAAGGUACUGAUAUUCAUCCUGCCUUAACUGUUUUAAUGGAACAGUACAAAUGCCUCUUUGAUAUGCCUACUACAUUGCCCCCUCAUAGAGGCAUCUUUGAUCACAAAAUACCACUCAUUGACUCAGCUACUCCUGGUAACAAAAGGCCUUAUAGAUAUCCUGGAAUGAAGAAAGAUAUUAUUGAGAAGCUAGUACAAGAAAUGCUAGAUCAAGGUGUGAUACAACCUAGUUCUAGUCCUUAUGCAUCACAUGUAGUCCUUGUUGGGAAGAAAGAUUGGAGUUGGAGGCUUUGUGUAGACUAUAGAGAUCUCAAUAAACUGACAGUCAAGGACAAAUUUCCUAUUCCUAUCAUUAAGGAUUUGUUAGAUGAACUAGAAGGAGCUGAAAUGUUCUCUAAGAUUGAUCUUAGAGUUGGUUACCACCAAUUAAGGAUGAAGGAAACAAUGUACAACAAGGAUAUGUCAGCUUAUGUGAACCAUUUACAAGAAAUGUUUGAUUUAAUGAAGCAACAUCAAUUGUUUGCCAAAGGUUCUAAGUGUGCUUUUGGGGUACCUGAGGUAGAGUACCUAGGCCAUUUUAUCAGUGCUAAAGGGGUAGCUACUGAUCCUAAGAAAAUUUCUGCAGUACAGGCUUGGUCUGUCCCUACAAAUAUCAAACAACUGAGAGGGUUUCUUGGUUUAACAGGAUAUUAUAGGACGUUCAUUCUGAAUUUUGGAUCCAUUGCUAUACCUCUCAUUGAAUUAUUAAAGAAGGAUAAGUUUGUGUGGAAUGAGGGCGCUACUACAACUUUUCAUGUUCCCAAAGAUGCACUAGUGAUUGCACCUGUCUUAGCAUUACCAGACUAUGAUAAACCAUUCAUAAUUGGACUGAUGCAAGUGGUUUAG